GGUAUCAAGCUGCAGCAACGUGACAGUAUGGAGAUAUCACGUCGAAUAAUCAGAUAUGACUCCCGUCUCUUAAUAGGAUGAUACCACUUCACAACUAUCAUCCCACCUGCCAUACAUUAAAUUGUGUGGUUCUCAAUGGGAAGUCACCAUCCACCCAGCAGCUGCCACUGCAGCAAGCGGGGUCUCUUUGCGUGUGCCCAGCCAGAUGUCGGUGAGGGUUGACCCGACGUUGAUCAACAACAUCAACAUACAUCUAUCAUCGUAAAGAACAAACAGAUCAUCUCAUCGACCUACACCCAUCUCCUUUUAGCCCUUAUCAACCCUAUCCAAAAUGUCCAUCCCCAUCAUCGACUCCCACAUCCACCUCUGGAACGAAGCCGAAGCCCCCAGUCACAACUGGUACGCCUCAGACUCGCCCCUCGCAACCCGCCACUCCAUCGCAGAGUACCGUGAAGCCACCAGCUCAUCCGCCUCUCAGCUCUCUGGCUUCAUUUACAUUGAGGCUGACCGCAAAAAUGACGAAUCCAAGGACUGGUCAGAACCAUUGAAUGAGCUAGCUUGGAUGCGUCGGAUCAUUGAGGGCAAGCCUCAGGAGGGUGAAGGCCAUACUGCUGAUAAUGCCAAGCUAUGUCUGGGAAUCAUUCCUUGGGCUCCUAUUGCUUCUGGCUUGCCUAAGCUGAAGGAGUACAUUGCUACUGUGGAGGAACAAGCUGGGGAGGCUGCUUGGGCAAAGGUGAAAGGUUUCCGGUAUUUGUUGCAGGACAAGCCGAACAAGACAGGGUUGACAGAGGAGUUCAUUGAUGGGUUGAAGUUGCUGGGGGAGAAGGGCUGGGUAUUUGAUGCUGGCGUCGACCAGCACAGGAGAGGGAGGGUGCAGUUGGAGGAGCUGGUGGAGAUUAUUGACCGGGCUCAUGAUGGUGUGGAAGAUGAAGACAAGAAGGUGGUGUUCAUUAUCAAUCAUCUUUGCAAGCCCGACCUGACAAUCAUCAGUCAGACUGAUCCGUCAUUUAUUGCUUGGUAUGCUCAUUUUUUUGAUUCAGAUGAAUGA